CGGCGCGGCCCGGAACGAGUGGACCAUGCGACGGGCCCGACUUCCCCUCCUAGCCUUUUCCGGCUGCGGCCCCGGCGUUGCUGCCGAGUCCGUGCGUGCGGUGCACUCAACUCGCUCGCCCUUCUGCCGGCCUGGCCACUUCCUCGGCGCGUCCACGGCGCGAGCUCCCUCCUCGACGAGCUCGCUUCGCACCGCGAAGCGCUCCUCCGCCGCGUUGAGCUCGCACACCGGUGUCUCCCUGACCGCCCGCCCGCUGCUGUGUCCGGGCGUGCGCGGCUUCGCUUCGCCGUCCGAGGAGCCGAAGAAGGAGCCGUCGCGGUGGGAGAAGAUAAAGGCGACCUUUAGAGAGCACGGCCCGGUCUUUGUCGGCUUCUACGCCGUCACCUGGCUCGGCGGGUUUGGCGUGUGCUGGACGGGCGUGACAAUCGCAGGCGUCGAUGGCGUCGCCCUCCUUCAAUACUUGGGUGUGUCUGUGCGCGAUGCCGGCCACUCGCGCCAACCCCUCUGAGCUUGCCUCGCCCUCCUCUCCAGGCGCGGACAACGUGUUUGACACCAGCGCCCUGUCACCAACGCUGGUCAACGCCCUCAUCGCGGCGGAGAUAAACGAGCUGGGAGAGUUUGUUCGACUGCCUCUCGUGAUCGCCACGACGCCCGCACUGAGUCGGCGACUCAAGGCGCUUCGAAUAUAGACGGUGCGCGCUCGAGGGCAGGGCAGCUCGCAGCGCGGUUUUGUGCCCGAUUGUGCCCCGACUAGGGCGCUCGGCGUGCUUUUGUCGCCGGUGUGCGGGAUAUAAGAUUUUCAGAGACCC